GAUAUCGUGCCAAGCCUAUUAUAGGUUACCAUUUGGUAGAAAAACCUCGAAUUUAUAAAAACAAAAAAGAAGAAACUAUUGUAAUUAAUGAAGGAAAUUUUAAUAAUAGCAGCCGACAAAUGGAACAUGCUAAUUUAAUCAGUUCUAUUACUAAAAUCACACCUACACUUAUUGAAUAUGAUAUUGUUCUUGAAGUUGCCAUAGAUGGAGAUCUAAAUA